UAUGUUCAACAGUUAGACUGACGUGGAGUACCAUGGAUAUGACAAGCGAACAUCUGCGACAUACUUCAUAAACUAUCAGACGAGUCGUGACUACAUGGUUGAAUAUGUUACGUCAGCGGUCUUAAUACCGGCUGAGUCACUAUUUCACAUUCAACAUAGACGAAACAAGUUUUUGGUACAGGAGUUAAAGACAGCGCUCACCGGCGGCGGCUACGUUAGCCUGUUAGCUAGCAGGAGCAGCCUCCACGGUGUCGGUAACGUUACGUAUCUCCAGUCAGCGUGAUGCAAGUCAAGCAUUGUCUCACGACCGGAGCUAAAACGGUUAAAGCACGAGCGAGGACUUGACUAAUCGCCCUUGACGUGUGACAGAAACCGCAUGAGUUGGCCAGCUACCAUUAGCCCGUGAGCUCCCCGUUAGCAGAGAGGUUAAACACCCGAGCUGUCAAAAUGAGCUCUCUGCUCCGCGGGGAAGAGAUGUGCCUGGCCCAACUGUUUCUACAGUCCGGCUCAGCCUACGACUGCAUCAGUGAACUCGGAGAACUGGGGCUCGUGGAGUUCAGAGACCUCAAUCCCAGUGUUAACGCAUUCCAGCGGAAACAUGUCAAUGAGAUUAAAAAAUGCGAAGAGAUGGAGAGGAUCCUUGGAUACGUUCUGAGGGAAGUCAAGAAAGCCAACAUUUCACUGCCAGAAAGAGACGUGAACCCAGUGGCUCCUUUACCCAAGCAUGUCAUGGUUAUAAUGGAGCAGCUGCAGAGGCUAGAAGUAGAGCUAGGAGAAGUCACCAGGAAUAAAGAGAAGCUGCAGAGAAAUCUGCUGGAGCUGACCGAGUACACACACAUGCUGCGCAUCAGCAGCAACUUUGUACAGAAGACAUCGGAGCGAGAGCCCCUUCAAGUGCAGUAUGAGGAAUUUCCUUUUCUUGUAAAAGACACAAUGAUGGACUACAGCAGCAUGCAGAGGCUCGGAGCCAGACUUGGUUUCAUUUCUGGGCUUGUUAAGAGGACAAAAAUUGAGGCCUUUGAGCGAAUGCUUUGGAGAGUAUGUAAAGGCUACACCAUCCUCAGCUAUGCUGAGCUCGAGGAGUAUUUGGAAGAUCCUGAUACGGGGGAGCAGAGCAAAAGUGUGGUGUUCUUGAUCUCUUACUGGGGAGACCAAAUUGGUCAGAAAGUCAAGAAGAUCUGUGACUGCUACCACUGUCACUUGUACCCCUAUCCCAGUAGCAAUGAGGAGAGGAAUGAUGUUGUUGAAGGACUAAGAACUCGCAUUCAGGACCUGCACACAGUACUUCGUAGGACAGAGGAUUACCUGGAACAGGUCUUGAUUAAGGCCUCAGAAUCUGUCUACACCUGGGUCAUCCAGGUCAAGAAGAUGAAGGCCAUCUACUAUACAUUGAAUUUGUGUAGUUUGGAUGUUACCAACAAGUGUCUGAUCGCGGAGGUUUGGUGUCCUGUCGAUGACAUUCCCACUCUUGGGAGAGCCCUAGAGGAAGGAUCGAGAAAAAGCGGAGCGACAGUUCCCUCCUUUGUCAAUCGUAUCCCCACCAAUGACACUCCUCCCCUGAUAAGGACCAACAAAUUCACCUCUGGCUUCCAGAGCAUUGUGGAUGCUUAUGGAGUGUCCAAUUACAGAGAGGUUACCCCAGCUCCUUUCACAAUCAUCACUUUCCCCUUCCUCUUCGCUGUGAUGUUUGGGGAUCUGGGUCAUGGCGUUAUUAUGGCUCUGUUUGCUCUCUGUAUGGUGCUGUACGAGAACAACCGCAAACUUAAAAACACCAGGAAUGAGAUCUGGAACACAUUCUUUGAGGGGCGUUACAUCAUCCUGAUGAUGGGCCUGUUCUCCACCUACACCGGCCUCAUAUACAAUGACUGUUUUUCAAAGUCCCUCAACAUCUUUGGCUCCGGAUGGAAUGUGACGGCCAUGUUUCAGAGCCGGGUGUGGAAGAAUGCUGAUAUCAGUGGGAACCGUUUUCUCACUCUGGAUCCAAAUGUUACGGGAGUUUUCAACAGACCGUACCCUCUGGGAAUUGACCCGAUUUGGAAUUUGGCAUACCGCCUUACAUUUCUGAACUCCUAUAAGAUGAAGAUGUCAGUGAUAUUGGGCAUCAUACACAUGAGCUUCGGGGUCAUCCUCAGCACUUAUAAUCACUUGCACUUCAGGAAGAAGCACAACCUGUACUUGGUAUUUCUCCCCGAGCUUUUGUUCCUGCUGUGUCUGUUUGGCUACCUGGUGUUCAUGAUAAUCUACAAGUGGCUGGUCUUCACUGCUAAGGACUCCAAACACGCUCCAAGCAUCCUCAUCCACUUCAUAAACAUGUUCUUCAUGCAGGGUGAUGCAGUGCAUCCCCUAUAUCCAGGACAGACUGGCCUGCAGGUAUUUAUGGUGAUCAUUGCGCUGCUUUCCGUGCCUGUCUUACUCCUGGGGAAACCCCUCUACCUUUAUUGGCUUCGCAAUGGAAGCCACCGCAUAGGAAUGUACAGGGGAUAUGAGCGUGUGCGCCGUAACAGUGAAGAGGAGCUCUGCCUGAUGAGGGCUAAUGACAUGGAGGAGGGCAGCAGUAACAAUGAUCUCUCCACUAGUGAGGAGCGCCAGACAGAGGAGUUUGACUUUGGAGAAGAGUUGCUGCACCAGGGCAUCCACACAAUAGAGUAUUGCCUGGGUGGCGUCUCCAACACAGCCUCUUCUCGGCUCUGGGCUCUGAGCCUGGCACAUGCCCAGCUGUCGGAGGUGCUGUGGGCCAUGGUGAUGCGAGUAGGACUACGAAUGGACACCACUCUCGGGGUUUUAUUCCUGGUGCCUGUGUUUGGCCUGUUUGCCGUUCUUACUGUUGCCAUCCUCCUGGUGAUGGAGGGUCUGUCUGCAUUCCUUCAUGCUCUCCGACUGCACUGGGUGGAGUUUCAGAAUAAAUUCUACAGUGGGGCUGGAGUGAAGUUGUGCCCCUUUUCCUUCUCUCUCUUGCCCUCCAUCUUUGAACAAGAUGGCUUACUGUGAAGGGACUAUCUGAUGAUCGGGUUAGGUGGUAAACCAAGCCAAAAAGCCUGUGCUUAUAAAGACACACCCUAGAGAAGUCAUGAGGAGGUUAUGAUUUCUCUUGUCAUUUUGUUAUGUUAAGAGUUUCUACAGUUGGCUUCACAAACUUGACUGGACUAAAAUGCACUUCUCUCCCAACAGUUUAAGAAAAAUGCAGACAAGAGUGUACAGUUGCCAAAUGUUGUCUUAUAGCAAAUAUAUGUAACACAGGGUAUUUUGUACCAGGAUCAAUGUGUACACAUUUACAUUUUCACUGCAGGUUAAAAAUGUGAAGUUCCGAUUUAAAGUCUACCCUAUCUCCCAAAAACCUUAAAUUUUCUAAUGAGGCAUUAUUGGUAACCGUUGUUGAUAUCGAUUGUAUCGAAAACAACAUCCGCCAAACUUAAAAUAAUUUAGUAAAAGAAACAUGAUUUUAGUAUGAGAUACGUUAAUGGGUGUCCCCAAGAUUUGACGACAUGGCCAACAUUUGUUAGGAUCAAUAUAUUGCUGGGUUUGGUCUUCUCACAGGAUUUGCUCAUUAAACAUCCACCUUUUCCUUUUUAAGAACAUGUCCUGGUUUUCAUAUGGGUAGUGGGCCACCUUUCAGUUAUAUAGCUCUUGCUCAACUUUGUGCCUUACAGAAGUUAAACCAAAUGACAACAUACCCUGUGGUUUUUCAGUUUCCCUGUGUGCAACCAAAACAGUGCAGAGGUUCUAGUAUUGAAUAGUGCUCGGGCAGGUUUGUGAUGUGAUGUAUAUACUUUUACAGAAUUAUUUUUUAAUUUAUUAUAUUUUAAAAAUGAAAGUUAAUGGGGAUAUGAUUUGUACUUGUAUGCAUUCACAGUGUUGCCUAUGCAUCUGCCACUUAUUUACCAAUUUAACAUUCCACUCAUUUGUUUUUCUCACCUCUGCUGGCGGGAGCCCUUACUUUGAAAUAUUCUUUAUUUAAUACUGUGGACAGGCUGUAUUAAAUCUUAUUAGGAGAACAUUGAAUGAUGUACUUAUCAAUAAUUGGUAGUAUUUGCUAAUUAUAUUACGAUUUUAGUAUUGUAUGAAUUGGUAUUGGGAAUUUUGCUAAGGGAAGGAGACUUAAUUGUUGUCAUUGCAAGAUUGAGAAUAUUCACUGGCAAUGCAAUCUACGGCAGUAAAAUGCUGCCAAUCAUUUCUGAAAGUCAAGUUGGAGCAAUGUGUUAAAUCAAGUGUGGGUAAUGUCUGAUGAGCAAUUAUUUGCCUGUGUAGUUAACUUUCAAAUGUUGAAGGGGUUUUAUCAUUUCUACUCAUGCAGGCCGAAUUGGCCAUUCAUUUGAAUAUGAAGAAUAAUCUCUUUGACAAACACUCCAUGUUUUAUUACUUUUGAAAGAAUCAUCCCCAUGUCAGUAAUAAAUUGUAUUUCUUUUAGUUGUUUUUUUCCUUUAAAGCCCAACACAGCAUACCUUAUUGUAUCUGGUUUAGAGAAGUUUCAUGGAAUAAAAACCAAGACGUGUG